AUGUCCGAUAUACCCAUACCAAGAGAAGGUCACGCGGACAGCAUCGUCGGCAAGAUGGACGGCGCCCUUAGAAAAGCUGGGGGCGUCAUGACGGGCGGAGGGACGACCAGAGCCCCGGAUACACCACCACAAAUACCAGACGAUGUCGAUGCACCGGUCAAGUCGAGGACGAAGAAGCGGCCAGACAAGCACAGCAUGGACUACAUGAUACGGUCUGGCAUCGCUGGUGGACUGGCAGGUUGUGCUGCCAAGACGACCGUUGCGCCCCUCGACCGCGUCAAGAUCCUCUUCCAGACGAGCAACCCGCAAUUCGCCAAGUACCAAAAUUCAUGGGCCGGCUUCGCGCGGGCGGUGCGCGACAUCUACGCCGGCAAUGGCGUCCCAGGCCUGUUCCGGGGCCACUCAGCCACUCUGCUCAAGAUCUACCCCUACGCCGCCAUCAAGUUCGUCGCCUACGAGCAAUUCCGCGCCUUCAUGAUCACCUCGCCAGCCCAGGAGACGUGGUGGCGCCGCUUCUUCGCUGGUGCCCAGGCAGGUGUCACCUCUGUCUUUUUCACCUACCCGCUCGAGGUCAUUCGCGUCCGCCUGGCUUUUGAGACCAAGCAUAGGAGCUCCUCGCUUGCUGCCAUUUGCAAGAAGAUAUACCACGAACAACCCACCAACGGCGCAGCGGCAGCAGCAGCAGCAAGGUCAGCGACCGCCACAUCGACCUCGGCAACGGCCACAGCCACCGCGAGCGCCGUGCAGGCAGCUGUGACGCCCCAUUCCGGUCUCAUAAAUUUCUACCGCGGCUUCUCGACAACCAUCCUCGGCAUGGUCCCCUACGCCGGCAUGUCGUUCCUGACGCACGACACGGCCGGCGACCUGUUCCGCCACCCCUCGAUCCGCGAGUACACGACACUCCCGCAACCCGCGGGCGCCCCCACCGACAAGCCGGCGCCGCUGCGCGCGUGGGCCGAGCUGACGGCCGGCGGCAUCUCGGGUGCCGUCUCGCAGACGGUCUCGUAUCCGCUCGAGGUGAUUCGGCGGCGCAUGCAAGUUAGCGGUGCAGUGGGCGACGGUCACCGUCUGCGCAUUGGCGAGACGGCUGGUCUCAUUUUCAAGGAGCGCGGAUUCCCCGGCUUCUUUGUCGGACUGACCAUUGGGUACAUGAAGGUCGUUCCCAUGGUAGCCGUCAGCUUUUACACGUACGAGAGGAUGAAGACGCUAUUUGGCAUUUAA